AUGCUGGUUGCGACAGUGUAAAGACGUUCGUCUCUUCAUUUCUGCUACAUCUUUACGCGAGGGCGUUCAAGAUUGUCUAUUUGCCGCUUGGCCGUACUCGUGAUUUGUUGUUCAGCUCUUAACAGUUUAACGCUUCAGUGGAGAAAAGGAUAUUUUCGGUGCUUUCGAAAAUAAUACACUAUUUUCUUCUCGGCAAAGUGAUUAAUUGAAGAAAAAAAAGCUUAUUUGGAUUCGGGAUCUGAAAGUGAUUUGAGUGAAUUAAGAAGUGAAAAUCUGAAAGCAAAAGUCUCAAAGAUAAAAAUUGAAAAAAGUGCAAGUGAUCGACUCAUCCAAGAAAUAAAGGAAAAUCAAAAUCAGUGAAAAUACCUAGGAAACAAACAGUGACUACUCAUCGAAAACAAAUAGAAUAAGCAACGAUCAACAAAUUAAAAACGAACAAAAACACGAGUACCUCAGCAGAAACACAGGCGUUCAAACGUAAACAGCAGUAACGAACUACAUUCAACGAAUCCUGGAUUGAAGGAGCAUAUGCAAUAGCUGACAUUUCGUGAAGCUGUAACUUGAUUGGGUGAGCAUUUUGAUGAUAUUCAAGAGUAUUAAUCAAAUUCCCAAUCAAAGAUGCACAUUUGGCGUUCCGUCAUAUUGCAAACAUGUAUACUUAUAACCUGUCACAUCCCCUUGUACCAGUGCUCUGUGCGAAUCGCCACACCAGCACGUGUACUGGCAGCUCGAACAGGGGCAACACAAUUUCAGGAAUAUGCAGAUGAUGGCAGAAACGUCGGACGGGGAGAACAACAAAGCAAGAGAUUUCAGAAACGGCUCAUCGCCGAUACCGGAAAUAUCGAUGUCGAAAACUACCAGGGUGUGGUCGGUCGCUCUGGAAUUGAUUUUCCAGUCCUAACCGGCAUACCCAACACAAACUUUAACUGUCGACAGUAUGGAAAUGGAUAUUUUGCAGAUCUGGACACAAAAUGUCAGGUCUUCCAUAUAUGUGAUGAAGGCAAAAAGAUAUCGUUUUUGUGUCCAAACGGUACCAUUUUUCGACAGUUGGAUUUGAUCUGCGACUGGUGGUUCAAGGUGGAUUGCGCUGCCGCUCCGAACCACUAUGCCGAGAGUUCGGAAAUGCUCACACAAGCACAGCGGGCAAGAAUUCAGAGCAAGCAUCCGAUUCCGCAGCCGAUCAAAUCUCCCGAGCAGUUUUCACUCAACGUGCAACGAAAACAUGCAAUUCUUAAUGGGCCCUUAGGGCCGAAUCUAGAUGCGCUAGCAUUCAACAGACGUAUGGAUACAAGUGUAGAAGAAUCCGACGAAAGCAUAGAUUUUGAAGACAUCUCUCUGAAACGAAACAACGUUCGUAGAAGCAAUAAAGUUUCCAGAGCUGAAAAAGCCAGUUCUGAAGAAACACAAACUGCAGACGAAACAGCAUCAUUUGUACGAGGUGGAAAAGCUCUAAACGGAUACAGCUAUCCAACUCCUGACAAAUUAUUCGAUGGUAGUAAUGCAAAACAAGAAGGAUACAAUUACGAUAAACCAAUCAAGGUUUUGGAUAAAAACGACAAGCCCUUAGCGACAUCAUCGCGAACAGGCAAAAUUUUAGAGAACAAUUUAGGUCAACAAUUCGGUCAGAAAAAUACGUUUACAUUUGAUGCAAAGCCAUUUAUCACAAGAGCUACUGAAGUACCAAUAACCGUGACGUCCACCACCAUGAAACAACAAACGCUAAGAGCUACUACAGCAUCCACCACAAGUCGAGGAAGUACCACUCACCAAACCAGUACCUUGAAUCAGAAAACAGAACGUAAACCAUCGAUUACAGUAGACCUCAAAAGCUCAAAGCCAUCCCCACCCAUUCCAACUCAAGAAAAUCUGAACUUCCCAGCAUAUACCACUGCCAGAAAGCCCAGUACAAAAACGAAAGACAAACCGUUUUAUACUCCCACUAUUCCGACCAUAACAAAUAGAGCAUCUUCAACUGAGCAAACUACUCCUUUCGCCCCAACGUCCGCAACAGUUUCAGGAGCAGCUGAACACGCAAUGGAAAUGAUGAAGACGUUACAAGAGCUUGAAAUAUCAGAGCCUGUGGUAGAAAAUCGUCCAGGCGUAGAAGUGCCCCCGUCGUCAGGGCCAAACGCGCUGCACUCAUUAGCCCUCUAUUUCGCCGAUGAUUCAGAAAUCAAUGCUACGACUACAAUGAGUCCAGUUGAAAUACGGAUACAAACUGAAAAGUUUCAAAUGGAAGAAAACAGACCAUCGGUGAGUGCAUCAUUAUUGAGUCAAAAAACAAUCGAGAGGUAUCAGCAACUCUUCCACACAAAAACUCCCAGCACAACUACUGAAAGUCUGGAAUUUGAAACACGUUUCUCAGACGACUCUGGGAACGAUUUGGAAGGACAGUAUUCGAGGCACCCUAUUUUCGGAACAUCUGCUUCACCUCAGAUCCGUGAGCUUGCACAAGUAUUCACCCACGCUUUGUCUGCUUAUUUGCAAGAUCCUGACACAUUCCGUCGUAUUUUGUCGGAAAUAAGACCCAAAGCUCCUCCACAGCUUAUUGUCUCCAACCAGAUCGAUCAGGCGAAGCAUGGCAAGAAUGACGACAUAUCGGCUGAGGAAGCUUCUUAUUUCUCUCCUCGCAGCCAAAUAACUCCCGCUCCACGAGCGGCACUGACGGAAGAUCUAGAAGUUUUGGAUUUCUCAGACGUAACCCUACCAACGACAGUCAAACGAGAAACCACAAUCGGUGCAUCAGAAACAACCACAGAAAUUCCUUCUACGACAAAUGCCGUUCCUACAGCAGGUCUUCCAAAGGCGGCUGAUGGUGCAAAGAAGACACCUGCUUCUAAUCUCAUAACCGAAGAGCUCGAAAAAACUGCAUCUGCGUAUAGAGAAAGACAGUCAAAAACCCUCAAGCCAACCAAAGAUGAAAAAAAGAACGAUUUAGCCGAUGAAGUAAACGAGGAACUAGGAACCUUGAAACCGCCAACUUAUAAAGCUGUUGAGAGCCUUGAAGACUUUGACGAAAAAAUUGACAAUGCGAGCUAUUUUCCGUCACAAGGUGGAUACGAUAGAAAAUCAACCCCAACACCAUAUGCUCUUUCAGAUAAACAAGCUGUGCCGCUUAGAUGGGGAGAUGAACUGGCAACUCUAACUACAACCACGGAUUCCGCACCGACAGUUCAUUAUGAGCUACAACCACCUCGUCACGGUAAAUCAAAUUCCCUUGGCCAGGAACCCAGUAAAAUUUUCCUGCCACCAGAUCGCGAUGACAUCCUGGAAGAUGAUGAACAACUGCAAAGGGCGCAAAGUCAAUCGAUUGUAGCUAGUCGUAAUUCUAUCGGAGGCAAUAAAAAGCCUAAAACCAUUUACAGCUUCCUCAACCUGGACAAAGCCUUACAAGAGAACGGCAAACUAACAGCCACUACCAUGGAUAUUCCAACCACAACUGUCGCGCCAAGUACGCUUAAAGGUCAUUACAUUACGAAGCAAUUCAAGGGAGAAAAUUUCGAAGCUACUACCAUUUCCAGCGAUAUUUCCACCCCAUCGAUCCCAGAUAUUGGUAAGAUAACUACAAACGAAAAAACUACCCUAUCCUACACAGUUUUCUUAGACCCUCUUACAAUUAACGAUGGUUUGAUGGAUUCAGAGGAAGAAGAAGCAAAUGCAGGCAAAACUACUGUUUUGAACGCUCACACUUAUCUGCCGAGAAAUCAAAAGAAAUCCACUCACGCAUAUGUAGCAUCGACAACACCUACAGUAUUGACAACACCCGUGAAAGCAGGAGCAGUUGCCUCACGACGAGGAAAGAGCAAGAAAGUAAGCGAAGAAGAAUCAAACGAAAAUGAACUGAUGGAAACAAUGCAGCGGAAGGCCAAUCAAAUGUUUGGCGACCUAAACGAAAGUGAAGCGGACCAUUUAAUGAAUGUGAUGAAAACUGCCGACACAAAUAAAUCGGUUCGUCGGUUAAUCCUUCUGCUCAUUCAAACGUGCGAUGAUGAUUACAACAAGACGGUAGAAGAUUCUAGAAAAGCACUACUCAAUGCACUGAUCAGCAUGGACAGCCAAGAGGAUGAUAGUAGUGAAAUCCGAAUUAUUAAGUCACGAUCAAGCAAACGAGUGAAGAGUACAAAACCUCCAACUACAACUACCACAAUUGCAACACCAAUAACAACCUACAGAAAUUCACAAUUUGAAAGACUUACUGGCACCACCGCUGAACUUGACCUGGAUAGCAGAGGCAGCUUCGAAACUACGACCCAAGGCUAUGAAGAAACUAAGUCAACAAUUCUAGAUUUAUCAACCGAAUCCUCGACCAGGUAUUUCGAAAAUCGAUUUGGCGACGACUCUGAAACAACUACUUCAGCAAUCAGCCUAUUUCCUGAACAGUAUACCACAACGAGUAUUCCAACUACUACGUUUGACUAUGAAACUACAACAAACGCAAUAACAACUACAGAAAUCCCUACAACGACGAUACCUUCCACAAUAUCCACCACAACGCGCACAUCGGCUGAACCAACCACACCUAAGAGAAGCGCUGCCCUCAGGGAGUCCCCUACAAGCAGUAGUAGAAAGCAGAAGAGUCUAGGCACCGCUGCAGAAUACGUAGCGGAGUCCAACCGGAACAGUUUUCAUCACCAUUCGGACACCAGGGCACUAGAACUACUCAGAUCACUGUAUUCGCUAGCGUCUCGAUGGGGUUAAAUGGCAAGGGAAACCAUAAUGAUGUGUCAUGACUUCACAAUGCAUGCAAGUUAAUGAGUGCGGAGCAUGUAUAUCCUAUUUAACACGAGACGUAUAGUUGUCCGAAAUGUUCAAAUUCUUGUUGAUAAAUGUAACGCAGCGCAUACUCGUCGUUAAAAAUGCCUGAGCCAUAUUUAUUUUGUUAGGUUUAGUAGAUUAAUGAUAAAACGUGUUGCGAGAAGCUUAAACGGGGUUCGUUACUGACUGGAGAUCGGAGAGGUCGUCAAUAUGUGUCCAUAACAGGUGCAUAGUAAUAGAUGUUUUAAAAGUAGGAUAAAAAUGUAUAGAAGUUGUAAUUUGGAAUUCAUAUGCCUCAGAAAUGUACUUGAACUUGUAACGUAUGGCUUUUGGCCCUCUAGAGAACAUUUAUAGUCACCUGGAAGUCACAGGAAGACAGAUAGUUCAUACUCCUGAUACAAUAUAUUGCCUGUCUCUUCAUAAAUCCGCAAACUGCGGUUUUUGCUCGUGUCUUCAAAAAUUAGCGAUCACGGCAAAUCAAACUAUCCUUACUUUCUGAACACAGCAUAGGCCUUGUCACGGGUAGUUUCAAACCAUUUGUCUUGGAAGCUCUUCGACAGUUCUUCUAUGGCAAUUACAGUCCUGUGUAUGCACCGGACCUCCACCGAUAUAAACAAAUGUAUACACGGACAUGUCAGAUGAAAAGGCCUAUAUUAACUAGACAGCAGGCACACUUAUCGUGUUUUUUUGUUUCUGAUAUCUAACACUGAGUGAUCAUCCUUUAAAAGUGAAACUAGUUUUUGUUUGUUCAGUUCUUUUUAACCGUUAUCAUUUUGGAGCUUUACUGAUACCGUAAGGGGCUGCUAGUAUACAACCAGUAAUAGUAUUGAAAUAUAAAAAGACGAAAUCAGAUAACUUUGAAAAUAGAGCAGCUCAUAACUUUGCGAAACGAGCGACGUUAAUGUUCAAAAACACGCUUAAACUGUGUGAGUUCACACAAAUUGGGGUACCAAAUGUAAAUCUCACUGAAUGAAAAAUUGGUGUAAUAAAUCGUUCAGAAUUCAUUUAUACAGAAAAUGUGCUGCACGAUAAAAAAAAA